CCGACCUUGGCAUGUUUUAUCUCCGGCUUUCUCAAGAAAUUUUGGCAAAAAGCGCCCGAUUCGGCUCGAAACAACUUGAGGCACGCAGCGUCGUGUACCUGUAUUCAACAGACGAUCCGGCAUACAACGAUGCCUCAUGGACGCCCCGCCAAACGCAGGCGGGUGACCCCCCCAAUCGACGACAGCAAGCCCUCCGAGACCAUCAAGUCGUCGGAACUUUUCGCCCGCGCCGCCGACUGGGAUCUUGAGCAAGAGUACGAGCAAAGGGCGAGAAACAAGAAACGAAAAGAAUCCAAUCGGCUGCCUAUCAAGACCGCCGAAGGGCGACUUGAGCGUGUCCAAGAAGCUGCGCCCGCCAAAUCGCAAGACGAGGACGACUCGGACAGCUUUCUCGGGUCAGGGUCUGAAAACGAAGAAGACGACGCAGCCGACUCUCCUCCCACAGAAACUGAGCCCGUGCCCCAGAUUCCGAUCAAGCAGCAGAUUCUAUCUGCAAAGGAAGAAAUCGCUCGGCUAGCGGGACAUCUCAAUGAGGAUCCAGAGGAACAUGCGGGUGCUUUCAAAAAAUUGGCUCAGAUAGGCGGACCCGGCUCGCCUGUCGCUGUCCAGAAACUGUCUCUCGCCGCGCAGGCGGCCGUCUACAAGGAUGUCAUCCCGGGGUACCGGAUACGAGCGUACAAAGACGAAGACCUGGGGAGCAAAGUGUCGAAAGAUGUGCGACGGACCCGACAAUAUGAACAUUCUUUGGUGACUGGUUAUCAAAGCUACGUCAAACGGCUAGCGAGCCUGGCGAAAGCCAAAAAGAGCGAUCCAGAUGCAUCGGCGCUGCGCAGUGUUGCCAUCAGCUGUGUCUGCACGCUGUUGCUCUCCGUGCCGCACUUCAACUUCCGCACGGAACUGUUGAAUGUGUUGGUGCACGAGCUCGCCAGCCGCGAGGCCACGCCGGACUUUGUGAAAUGCAUCGAGACAUUGGAGAAGUUUUUCGAGCAGGACGACGACGGUGCACCGUCUCUCGAGGCUGUCAGUCUUCUCAGCAAGAUGAUGAAGGCGAAAGACUAUCGCACCCGGGAAGAAGUGUUGAAUACUUUCUUCCACCUCCGUCUACUGUCCGAAUUGGCGCCGACGUCCAACCAGUCCGAGAAGCCAGGAGACAUCUCGAAGUUACACGGAAAGAAAGUGAAGAAAGAAAAGUUCGAGCACCGGUCCAAGAAGGAACGCAAACUCGCCCGUGAGCGCAAAGCAGUGGAAAAGGAUAUGCGUGAAGCCUCAGCGCUGGUGAACUACGAGGAGCGGGAGAAAAUGCAAUCCGAGACGCUCAAAAUCGUGUUUGUCAUAUACUUCCGCAUCCUGAAGGCCAGGGUACCGGAGCUGAUGGGCGCCGUGCUGGAAGGAUUGGCCAAGUACGCCCAUCUGAUCAACCAGGACUUUUUCGGCGACAUCCUCGAGGCCCUUAAGGACAUCAUCAGCCAAGCCGAUGCGGCGUCCAAAGGCGAACUUGAACUCGACCUAGACGAUGAAACCGCUCAAAAAGAGUUGGAUGGAGAGACGGUCCGCAACCGAACUCGAGAGAGCCUUCUGGCCACUCAGACAGCCUUCACGCUCCUGUCGGGCCAAGAUGUCUCCAAGGCCGCCUCGAGUCUGCACUUGGAUCUGUCGUUUUUCACAUCCCAUACAUACCGCUCACUAUACCCGCUGGCCCUGGACGCCGACAUUGAAUUAGGUCCCAAGUCGCUCCGUCUGGCCGACCCGCAUAUAACAGCCACCGAACAGCGACAACAAACCAGCAGCACCAAUAACAAAGUCAACAUCUCCAUCCCGAUUUUGCUGCUGACACGCGUGCUGAGCUCGAUCCUGCUGACCCCGUCGCAGCCGCCUACCACGCUCGCGACGGCCUCUUUUUUCAAACGCUUGUUGACCGUGUCGCUGCAAUUGCCUGAGAAAUCCGUCCUGGUCGUACUCAACCUCUUGGCCAAGAUCGCUGAUAAGCAUGGUCGCAAGAUUGAGGCUCUGUGGUAUAGCGAUGAAAGGAAAGGUGAUGGCGUGUUUCGGGGUGAGAGCGAAACUAUAGAGGGAACCAAUGUGCUCGCUACGGGCAGUGGGGCGUGGGAAAUGGAGCUGCUGAGGAAGCAUUUCUGCCCCAAAGUGAAGGAGCAGGUUGCGGCCAUUGACAAGAUAGUUGCCGGUCUACAUAGGUAGAUAGAAACUGUCCGAUUCCAGUUUCAACAUGGACUGUUGGUAUAUUGUUCCUGUAUCUCGUGCAAUAUAGCCUGACCACUUUCAUCCUCCUGAAAAUGAAAGAAAGCAUGAC